AUGAGAUAUCCCGACAGUGGGAAUGAAAAACAUGCAAAGAGAGUGGAUUCACGCCGCCCCAAGGAUUAAAUGUUUUUGAGUGUAGAAGAUCAUGAAGUUUAUAGAAUAGCAGGCCUACGGGGGAAAUCAAGAAAAUUUGCCCAAGACGAGGGUUUGAGACAGUUUGUAAGAUUAUUAUCAUUUUGCACAUGUGAAAAAUAUCGAGAAAACGAUAUAUGGGGUUCUGAGAAGUGGGAGAGAAUCCCUCGGCGCAAGUGGGGGAAGGAUUGGAGAGUAUAUAAGCCGAAGGCGGCGCUUUGGAGGGUACAUUGCUCUAACCGCAGUCUCACAAACCUCGUGGGAGUCGGAGACGUGACUUACCAGUCGGAGAAAAAAACAUUUCUGCAGUUGUAUUUCUUCCAGAAGAAGGGUUCCCAGGACCUCGACUACCGCAGCCUUUUAAAGGAGUACGCGUUGACCGUCCAACAAAUACAAAAGAGAGACAAUCAUUCUUUCUUUCGGGGUCACAUCCCUUGUUUGGAAUUAGACAAAACUGACCGACAACCCGAGGGGGCGAGAAGUGCUGGAGUUCGCAGGAUACGCCUUGCUUAAUUACGUCCGAGAAGAAAAUAUCAAGAAGAGCAAGAUGAUGGCCGUAGCAGCUGCCCAGAAGAACAGGGAGAUGUUCGCUAUUAAGAAAUCUUACAGCAUCGAGAACGGAUAUCCGGCGAGACGCAGGUCUUUGGUCGACGACGCCCGCUUCGAGACCAUCGUCGUCAAGCAGACCAAGCAAAGCGUACUCGAAGAAGCCAGAAAUCGCACAAAUGACAACACCGAUAUCCAGUUGACACAGGCUCAGCAGCAAAAGCACGAUGAUCUUAAAAAAUAUGUUGAGAUCAAAGAUUCUCAAGACACCAAACAUUCAGUUGAUGUUGAUGAUGAAAACAAAGAGAACGUUUACGAGAAAAACAAUCAAAGGAACUCACACUCAGACUGUGGUCUGACUGAGGAAGAAGUCAUCCUCAGCAACGCCGCAGGGGAAAGCAAAGAAGCCGAACAAACAUUGCAGAGGGCCGCGCUCGUCUUGAAACUCAAGGAUGGAAUCGGCUCAUUGGCCAGAAUACUCAAAUCCAUCGAGAACUUUAAAGGGCAGAUUGUCCAUUUGGAAUCACGUCCAUCCAAGCAAACCGGAGCUCAGUUUGAUGUGUUGGUCAAGGUCGACAUGUCUCGCCAGAGCCUCCUUUCGCUUAUCAAAUCUCUUAGGCAAAGUUCUGCUUUGGGAGGAGUCAACCUUCUUUCCGAUGAAAGCAUUAACGUCAAAAACCCGUGGUUCCCUCGUCACGCGCGUGACCUGGACAACUGCAACCAUCUCAUGACCAAAUACGAACCAGAACUUGAUAUGAACCAUCCUGGAUUUGCUGACAAAGUAUACAGGGAAAGGCGUAAGGCCAUCGCCAACAUUGCUUUCGAGUACAAAUACGGUGAUCCCAUUCCACACAUCAGUUACACCGAAAGCGAAAUCUCCACCUGGACUGCAGUAUUCAACACAGUUUUGGACCUCAUGCCGAAACAUUUCUGCAGGGAAUAUCAGAUAGUAUUUGCCAAACUUCAAGAAGAGGGUAUAUUCCAGCCGAACAAGAUCCCCCAGCUUGAAGAAAUGUCUGCUUUCUUGAAAAAAUGCACCGGAUUCACUCUUCGCCCUGCUGCAGGACUUCUUACCGCUAGGGAUUUCCUCGCCAGCUUGGCUUUCAGGGUGUUCCAGAGCACCCAAUAUGUCAGACAUACCACUACACCAUUCCACACCCCAGAACCGGAUUGCAUUCACGAGUUGCUAGGACACAUGCCGUUGUUGGCUGAUCCCAGCUUCGCUCAGUUUUCUCAGGAAAUCGGUUUGGCUUCUCUCGGUGCGUCCGACGAGGAAAUCGAAAAACUCUCCACCGUCUACUGGUUCACAGUAGAAUUCGGACUUUGCAAAGAGCACGGACAAGUGAAAGCUUACGGCGCCGGACUUCUUUCCAGCUACGGUGAACUUCUCCACGCCAUUUCCGAUAAGCCCGAGCACAGGGCGUUCGACCCUUGCACCACCGCUGUUCAACCCUACCAAGACCAGGAAUACCAGCCGAUCUACUACGUGGCCGAAAGUUUCGAAGACGCCAAAGAAAAAUUCCGCAGGUGGGUCUCGACCAUGUCUCGCCCCUUUGAAGUCAGGUACAACCCCCACACGGAACAAGUCGAAAUCCUCGAUUCUGUCGACAGACUUGACAACCUAGUCUCUCAAAUGAAUCUGGAAAUGCAACAUCUUACGACUGCCCUUUCAAAACUCAGAGGCAGCACCUUCGGCUAAAUCCGCGUUGCGUUUACUUUUCGGCCACGAGUUCAAUCACAUUUUUUAAACUUUUAUUACUUUGUAUAAAUCCUCGAUUAAGCACUUCAAUUUCUUUAUGUUAAAGACUUGUGGCUCAAUUAAAAUUUGUAUAUUUCGGUCAUAGUUACGUAUUUUAAUUAUAAAUAUAUAUAAAUAUAUAUUUAUAUUGUAUAUAGUAAUCAGUAAUUUAUAGAGACAUCGAACUUACAAUUUUGUUUAGGUCACCUAUGUGUUUAUUCGAAAAUAAUUGUGUUCUUUCUUUUGAAUUUCAAACAGUAUUAUUACAAAUACUUAACUAGUGAUAUUAUAUUGUAGUCUGAAGUCGAUACUUUAAAUGAAAAUAUUCUUGAAAAUAGAGUGUAUUAUUUUUCUUAAAGAUACGAGUUCCUUUUAAAAAUGUAAAAAAAAUUGUAUGUUUUGAUUGCAGAAAAACUCGCUUCUUUGUAAAUUUACUGUGAAAUUGUAAAUUAUAUUUAUAAUAGAUAAAUCGUAGAUUAUAUUUAUUAUUAAAAAUUACUCAACUUAGAUUAUAUAAACUAAUUUUGUGGUAGCUCAAAGUAGAUUCAUUGAGUAGAUACUUUUAGUUGAUUAUUCGUAAAUGUUCUCUUCGAAUACUUUGUGCUGAACCUGUCAAAACCUAUGCUGUGAGACUAAUAAAAAUAUUGUGCACUUGAAA